CACUGUUAAUUAUGGAACAGGAAACACGUUCUGUCAAUAUUUCUUCCCCUUCUGAUAAAAGUAUAAAAAAUGCUUAUCCAUGUGUCAGGUCCGUCGUUGGUAAUUGACGUCAUCAGGAUCUUUGCUGCGCCUCUCUCCGCCCUUCAGUUCCGCCCAGAAGGGAAAUGACGCAGGCGCAGAAGAUGGCGUCCUUAAAGCCUGAGCCCCGCUGUGGGGAGUUCGCCGUGUAACUGGCCGAGGAGUGGGGGGGUCUCUGCGUCCGGCAGGUGGACGGGAACAUGGCAGAGCACCGCUGCCCUCCGCUUUCUUGAUUCCGGACUCGAACCCGAGACUUGAUGUCCUCCGGAGCCCGAGCUGCUGCCUGGUCGAAGAGGGGAUCCGGGGAUCAGCACCGCCGAGAACCAGGGAAACACAAACACAGGAAAUGCGAGCGGCCCCUUAGCGCUCAGCUGUCAAAGCCUGUGAUUGUUCGCCCGGGCUCCAAAAGGUGUGUUAUGUCGGGGGCAGAUGUGGAGGUGUACCUGUCCCAGGUGCACGAUGGGAGUGUGUCGUCGGGCUUCCGGGCGCUUUAUGAGGAGCGUCUGCUGCUGGAUGUCACACUGUUGAUAGAGGAGCACCACUUCCAGGCCCACAAGGCGCUUCUGGCCACCCAGAGCGAUUACUUCCGGGUCAUGUUCACAGCAGACAUGAGGGAGCGGGACCAGGACAAGAUCCACAUGAAGGGGCUGACGGCUGCUGGGUUCGGCCACAUCCUCCGGUUCAUGUACUACGGCUCUCUGGAGCUCAGCAUGCCCACGGUGCAAGAGAUCCUCCAGGCGGCCAUGUACGUCCAGCUGACGGAGGCGGUGGAGUUCUGCUGCUCCUUCCUGCUGGCGAAGAUCUGCUUGGAGAACUGUGCCGAGGUCAUGCGCCUCCUGGAAGACUUCAGCGUGGGAGUGGAGGGCGUCCAGGAGCAGCUAGACAACUUCCUGCUCGACAACUUUGUCCCCCUCAUGAGCCGACCCGACUUCCUGUCCUACCUCAGCCUGGAGAGACUUCAGGCGUACCUGAACAGCGACGCUCUCAGUCGCUUCCCAGAAAUCGAGCUGUACGAAGCGGUUCAGGGGUGGCUGAGACACGACCGGCGGCGAUGGAGGCACACGGACACCAUCGUGCAGUCCAUCCGCUUCUGUCUCAUGACUCCGGCCAACAUCUUCGAGAAGGUGAAGACGUCCGAGUUUUACAGGUACUCCAGGCAGCUGAGGCAGGAGGUCGACCAGGCGCUCAGUUACUUUCAUGAUGUCAACCAGCAGCCUCUGGUGGAGACGCGCUCCAACAGGAUCCGCUCUGUCCGCCCGCAGACCGCCGUCUUCAGGGGGAUGAUCGGACACAGUAUGGUCAACAGCAAGAUCCUCCUGCUGCAGCGCCCCAAGGUCUGGUGGGAGCUGGAGGGACCUCAGGUGCCGUUGAGACCGGACUGCCUGGCGAUCGUCAACAACUUUGCCUUCCUGCUGGGUGGAGAGGAGCUCGGACCCGACGGGGAGUUUCACGCCUCCUCCAAAGUCUACCGCUACGACCCCCGGCAGAACUCGUGGCUCCGCAUGGCCGACAUGUCUGUGCCCAGGUCGGAGUUUGCUGUUGGCGUCAUCGGGAAGUUCAUCUACGCCGUAGCGGGCCGCACGCGAGACGAGACCUUCUACUCCACAGAGCGCUACGACAUCACAGAGGACCGCUGGGAGUUCGUGGACCCGUAUCCAGUCAACAAGUACGGCCACGAGGGAACGGUCCUCAACGGUAAACUGUACAUCACCGGCGGCAUCACCUCCUCCUCCACCUCCAAACAGGUGUGCGUGUUCGACCCUGGGCGGGAGGCGGGGGGAGGAGGGGGAGGAGGCGGGGGAGGAGGAGGAGGAGGAGGAGGUGGAGGAGGAGGAGGAGGAGGAGGGGGGAGCUCAGGUGGGUCGGACGCACACAGGACACGCCCCGGCCGCGGGCCGCUGCUGCCCGGCACUCACACCAGCUGCUGGGAGAACAAAUCCAAAAUGAACUACGCCCGCUGCUUCCACAAGAUGAUCUCUCACAACGGGAAGCUGUACGUGUUCGGAGGCGUGUGCGUGAUCCUGCGCGCCUCCUUCGAGUCGCAGGGCUGCCCGUCCACCGAGGUGUACGACCCCGACACCGACGAGUGGACCAUCCUCGCCUCCAUGCCCAUCGGCCGCAGCGGCCACGGCGUGGCUGUGUUGGACAGGCAGAUCAUGGUGCUGGGCGGCCUCUGUUACAACGGCCACUACAGUGACUCCAUCCUCACCUUCGACCCCGACGAGAACAAGUGGAAGGAGGACGAGUAUCCCAGGAUGCCUUGCAAACUGGACGGUCUGCAGGUGUGCAGUCUGCUCUUCCCGGAGUAUGUGCUGGAGCACGUGAGACGCUGCAGCUGAGGUCUGCUUUUUAUAGAAACAGGGACGCUCUGUAGGAGGACUGAGGUCUCCCGCUGGGGGGGAUCAGGUGUUUACAGGCGGGAGACUCACUGACGCGCAGGCUUCGAAAUCUAGAGACCAGCACUUACCUGAGGUGAGGGAGAGACGGCGGGCCGUAGAUCCGCUGCUCUUCUCUGAAGGCAGGGGGAAGCCGGGCGCGGCGUGACGUCACAUGUUAACGGUCAGCUUGAACACUUUCAGAUUUAGCUUUCUCAGAAAAACAAGGAAAAUAUUAGAGAGGAGAAAAAAAGGUUUAUGUUUGGACUGUGGUCAGUUUCCUAUUCUACUACUCACCUGCUGUAUUUAGGCAGCUGCUCAGUCCGGCGCACUGCAGAAACGCACUGGAAGCGACGCGCUCACGCAUCUGCAGAGAGACUACACGACAAAAACAGACACUUCAGAGUCACUUUAAUGAAGAGGAAACGCUUUAAAAGAAUCAAGAGAAGCCCUUUAAGAUAUCUAACAGCAAACGAUCCGGUCUAUAAACACAGACACGUUAGAGAUUAGAUUAUAGACCAGCUGAUUUAAUCCCCGGCUCCUCUGCUUCAGAUGAUCUCACCAUCAGUUUGAGCUUCCAGUGCGUUCCAGCUUUUAGUCCUAAAUCUGCUCUUUCCCCCCCAGACACCCGUCAUACUGUCCUCAUGUUCAUUACAUCAUCUCUCCGUGCCACCGCUCCUUCCUCUGCGCUGAGUGUGUGUAUACUAAUGAACGAAUGUGUGUGUGUGUGUGUGUGUGUGUGUGAGAGAGAGCUGAGUGGAAGUUCAAGAGGAAAAAAAACACUACAUGGUACAAAACGCUUCAUUGGUUAUGAUGUCAUGUUCUGAUAGUGACAGGGUCAAAGGUCAAAGGAUGUCGUCCGCGUGCUUUACUGACUCCUCCACAUUCCCUGCACUUUACCGCCUCGGAGUAGAUCCACAGUCCCGACAGCUGCAGAGCGGCGACAUGCCGUGCUGCCGGAGACGUUAAGAAGCGUCUGAAAUCAACGAGGAGGCCGAUUACUCCGCCGUGAGGAACCCCGAGCCUCGUGCAGGAGUCCUCCUCUUUAUCUCGUACGGACAUUUUCUAACCUGACGAACGUGAGGAGCGCCCUGGGGGAUUGAAUCACGAGUGCCAUAUGAGGCCGGUUGUUUUCCCCGCUUCUGGGGCAAGUGCCAAUUAAAAAAAAAACAAAAGGUACCAAAGAGAGAGAAUAAUUAAAUCCCACUGUGGAGCUUCAGGUCAGGACGUUUGAAACAGACCUCAGUCAGUGUCGGGGAUAAAGAGGAACACCUUAAAGCUUUAUUAUUAUUAAGAGUUAACAGUCACUUUAUUAUACAGUCCUGUUCAUUCUAAGGCAGCUUCACAUUCAGACUCUGUCCUGGAGAUAAUUAAAGGCUCAUGUCCUAAAACUAAAAAUACAAAAAAUUAAGGUAAAGCCAUUAUUUACAAGCACAAAUUAAAAUGUAAUAACAAAGGACUCUGGAAGCCAUAAAAUGUGCUCUAAUAGAAAUAAAUUCAUUUAAAAUGACUCUGAUAGUUAUUCCAUUCAAUUAGAAUUACCUUUAAAGGACUUACUGCUCAUUUUAAAGACUUUAAAAAAUAUAAAAUUCAUUUAAAAUGACUCUAAAAAGGCAAAAAAAUAUUGUGAAAGAAGAAAGGACAUCAAAUUAAUUUCAACCUAAUUAAAAAGGACUUAAAAUGCCAUAAAAUCAAAUUAAAAGACUUCUAAAAGUGAUAAAACAAAUUUGAAAUAACUCAAAAGAGAAAUAAAAUAUUCUAAAAUCUAACAAGAACAGAAAACUCAGAGAAUAACUCUAACUCUAAUAUGAGAUUGAUUGAAAAGACAUUCAAACGACAUAUAACUUUUUAUGAAAUUACUAUAAAUGGCAUAACAUUCAUUUAAAAGAACUUUAAAGGACAGACUACUUAUUUUAUAGAGACUUUAAAAGGUAUAAGAUUCAUUUAAAAUGACUAAAAAGGCAAAACAUGAUUGUAAAAGAAGAAAGGACAUAAAAUUAAUUUGAACCUAAUUGAAGAGGACUUUAAAUGACAUACAAAUAAUUAAAGAUAACUAUUAAGGACAUAAAAUCCCCUUUAGAUACUCCCAGAAGACAUAAAACAAGUUCAAAAGAACUUAUAAUAAUCUUAAAUUCCUUGAAAUUCCAACAAGGGAAGAUAACUCAUUGAGAAUAAUUUUGAAAGUUAUAAAACUCAUCCAUAAGACAUUCAAAGGACAUACACUUAUUCUAAAUAACUUUUGAGGACACAAAAUCCCCAUAGAAGAAAUCUGAAAGUCAUAUUGUUCAUUUAAAAGGACUCUUAGAGGCAUAGAACAAGUUUAAAAGGACUUAAAAUGACAUGUGAUCCCUUAAAAGGAACUCUAAAGGCCAUACAAUCAAUUAAAAAAGAAUAUUGUCUAAUUUUUUCGUAAAAGACAUUCAAAGGAACUCAUUGAAAAUUCAUUUUAAUGACAUGAAAUCAGCCAUAAAGAGCUUUGAAGGACAUUAGAUUGAUUUAUAAGGAUCAUGAAAGGAAUAAAAUCAAAUGAACAGACCUUCAAUGGACAUAAAAGUCAUUUAAAACCACUUUAAAUUGUAUUAAAUUCAUUAAAAUGUCUUGAAAUUCACUAAAAAGAGUUUACAGGACAUCAAAUGUAUUCAGGGGGACCUUGAAAGACAUCAAAUUCAUUUAGAGGACACUAGAAGUCGUACCUGGUCUGUAAAAGAACUCCAAAGGACAUCAGAUAUAUUUAAAAGGACUCUAAAAAGCGAUGAAGGUUUUUGUUUCAGUGACUCCUGCACAAGGCUAAAACGGCGUCCUGUCUCUUUAAGCGUUGCCGUGUUGAUUUCAGACGCUGAAACGCGUCCUUUAAUUAAAAACAGAAGCAGAUUUGGAGUCGUCAGAUUCACUGUUCACGCCUCGACCCCGCUGACGUCCCGCUCCGUGUUUCUGACCCUGACGUUUGUUUUUUCUUUCCAUGAGCCGACUGUGAAAAGGGCUAGAGCACACUCUGAUGCAGUUCUGUACGUCUGCAGUUAUUUAAGUUAUUUAUUUUGACGUUUCGCUUUCACCGAGCUAUGCAGUAACCCAUGUAGGAUUAUUUAUUGUGACAGAAGACUUUGUGAAUCGUGGCAGAUUGUUCUUGGUCCUGUCCUGUCAGCAGCAGCAGCAGCACUGUGCGUGGCUAAUGAUCGGAUGUUUUCUGCAGUCUUUCUUCCAGCGUGCACUGAAAAGACGGGUUAAUAAAUCAGAGAGAGCUGGGUCCUAACACGUUUUAAAAGAAGGGCACCAGUGUCAUGAAAUAACCGUCUCCAGCUUUACUUUCUCCUGUAUGCAAACUGUCCUUCGGCCACGUUUGAGCUCAUCUCGUCUUGAACACGUCUCGUCUUUUGAGAGGAUCUGACUUGAAUUUUCUUCCUGAUAUGAAACCUGUUGGUAUUAUCCUUUAACUCGUGGCUCUACCUGUCGUCACGCACAAACUGUGACGCCUCCGGUACAAAGCUUGUUUCUCGUGUCAGCGCCUCCUGAGCAGUGAGAGUUGGUGGGUUUCACUUUGGGCUUCUUAAAGGAACUUUUAACGACGUACAAGGGGAGGUGAUUGGACGGAAAACAUGUCGAGAAGUACAAAAAAUGUCCAAGAUAUCAAAAACGUAAAGAUGUAGAAAAAGAAAAACAUUCUUGUUUAAAAUGAGCGCCAUUGGGGCGCUGGUGGCCUAGCGGUCUAAGCGCCCCACAUACAGAGGCUACAGUCCUCGUCG